AGAUAACUGCUCAAUUUAACCACAAGAAAAACGAGCUACAAGUCAUUGCUCAAAAAAUUGGUGAACUUGAAGCUGAAGCCGAGGAGCACAAGGCUGUAAUAGAUACAAUAUCACCUCUUAACGGUGAUCGAAAAUGUUUUCGACUUGUGGGUGGCGUGUUGGUUGAACGUACUGUAAAAGAUGUGUUACCCGCUCUUCAAACAAAUCACGAUGGGAUUAAGAGGGCGAUAGAUCAAUAUGUACAAUCAUAUAAAACUAAAGAAGAAGAAUUUGCUGCUUUUCAAAAGGAACAUAAAAUCAAAGUGGUUCCAAGAAACUUAACAUAA